AUGGCAGAUCACAUUGUUGUGGAAAUCAGAAACUCACUGAUGACAGAGAUCCUGACGAUCAUCGAUCACAUGAGGGAGAUGACCACAACACUCACCUGGGCUCUUCAUCUGCGCAAGUGGAGACAAAUCGGAUGUAUUCUUCCUGUCCUGGUAGUUGUCUCUUUGAUCCUCUGGGCCCUGGUUAGUCCUGUGGUUGGAGUCCUCUCCAUGAUAGGGUUAGUCCUGGCUCUUGGAUGUGUGGUGUGGUGCAGAUGUAAACUUCCCAGUCCUGUUCAGGCUGUGUCAAAGCUGGAUGCACUGAGCAUCCGACUGAAGGACCGAGUGAACGCCCUGAAGGAGAAGCUGCAGGAGGAGCGACAUGCUGCGUGGUUUCCAUCUUUGAACAGCAGGUGGCGCAGUCUCAAGGAGCUGGAGGUCCUCACACAAGACCUAAUGAACCUCGUCUCCCGGUUCAAUCCAGAGUUUCGCCCAGAGCUGGUCUCAGAGAUGUCACAGAAACUGGACAGACCAGAACGAGUGGACACCUCACACGUGGACCAGGACGAGCCCGGAGCUGGCGUGUUUGGUCUCUGCUGGUCCCUGCUGGUCUCUGCUGGUAUUUGCUGGUCUCUGCUGGUCCCCACGAUGGAUGAGGAUAUGCUGGUCUCGUCUGGGAGGAGUGAGUACCGGUACCUGGUCCAGGACGAUGAGGACCAGGAGGAGCAGUAUGCGCCUCAGCGGCAGUACGUGCGCCCCCCGCUGGUCGUGUCUCGCCGCUGCAUGGUGCUGGUGAUCGUGGCGGUGGUGGGUCUGCUCGCCGUGGCCGUCUAUCUGGCUUAUGUGUCCACCACGCUGCCUCCCGGAGCGGCUCGGCUCAGCUCCCCCUGUGGGACCUACAGGGGCCUGCAUAAAGAUGGAGCGUUCUCCUUCAAAGGCCUGAGGUACGCAGCGCCCCCUGUUGGAGACCUGCGGUGGGCGCCCCCUGUGGCUGCAGAGUGUAACAGCAACUCAGAGCAUGACGCCACGCGCUUCCGGAGUGUGUGCGCACAGGUCUAUCCUCUCUCUCGCUCGGGGACCGUCCUGGGACAUGAGGACUGUCUGUUCCUGAAUGUGUGGACCCCCUCCCUGCCCCCGGCCCCCCUCCUGCCUGUGCUGGUCUGGGUCCAUGGGGGGUACCUGCACAUGCUCAGUGGGGGGGAGCCCGGGUACUCUCCCUCAGAGCGACUGGCAGCGGACUCUCAGCUCGUCUUCGUCAGCUUCAACUACAGACUCAACGCCUUUGGGUUCAUGGCCCUGGAGACUCUGAGGGAAGGGGCUGCCACCAACAGCUCAGGAAACUACGGUUUCAUGGACCAGAUCCUGGCGCUGCAAUGGAUCCAGAAGAACAUCCACUGGUUUGGGGGAGACCCGAUCCGAGUGACGAUCAUGGGCCAGAGCUCGGGUGGGACCUCGGUCUGGGCUCUGAUGUCAUCACCGCGCGCCAAAGGUCUGUUCAGAGCCGCUGUGGACAUGAGCGGCUCGUACGUGCUCCGAGCGACGCUACAGGAAGCAGAGAGGGACAACCUGCUGUUCCUCAACAGAACAGGCUGCAGCAGCGCCACCUGUCUGCGGAGGCUGACAGUGCAACAGGUGCUACAGGCCAUCCCGUGGCAGCAGUACCCGAGCUGGGCCUUUGAUGAUGGCGUGGACCUCCCGUCCCGUGGCGUGCUGCCCGGGCCGGUCGCCGUGGUGGAUGGGUAUGUCCUGCCCGAGCCGCCUCUGUCUGUGUGGGAGCGGGGCGGCCGCGGCUACAGCGACGUCCCGUUUGUGAUUGGAUCCACGGAGCAAGAGGUCGACUUCGCCCCCUCCUCCCCCAACAUCUCCCUCUGGACCUGGGACGACUACCGCUGGGCUGUAACCGAGAAGCUGUCCUCCUUCAGCUCCUCUCUGUCCCGGGACGCUCUGGACCUGUACCCCCCAGACGCCCCCUGUCCCACCACUGACCGCUGUCCCGAGAGAGCCUACACCACCAUGACCUCCGACCUGCGAGUGAGCUGCCCCCUCAACGAACUGGCCAGGAGGGCUUCCGAGGCCCUUCAUAGUCCAGUGUACCGGUACCUGGUGACCCACACUCCCUCCCGGGCCAUCUCCCCCUCUCCCCCGCUCCUGCCCUUCCCCAGUCGCUUCUCCUUCCACUGCCUAGACUCUGUGGCCUUCUUCCAGGGCCUGGAGCCGCUGCUAGGGGCUCCUCUGACCCCCGAGGACCAGGGCUUCCAGGACCUGCUCCAGCACCACUUCCUCCACUUCAUCAGACACGGGCGGAUGGAGGAGCAGUGGCCCUCGUUUCCUUCCGGUCUCGCUCUAAUCUCUCAGAAUUUUACUUUGGUCCAAAACGACUCGACUGUGAUGUCACGCUGUCGGCUUUGGGAGGAGAACGGACUCUUGGACUACGCCUGGACCAAUUGA